CCCCAUAAGGAUGUGUAAUGGUAUCGUCCGUGGACCAUCGGCGCAAACAUGGCGGCUUCGAAAUGGAUGGAAGGCAUUUGAAAAAAAUGAAAUGAUCUCACUUCGGUGUUAUUGUUCUCGGUUUCAGCGACGGAAAGACAUAGUCCUGAGGCAUGUCUCCUUUGAAGGAGGAUAUCAAGAAAGAGGAAAAUGACCAGCCCAUGUCAGAAAUCUCUGGUCCUCUAACGAGCAAGCCAGCAUUAUCUCCUGAAGGAAGUGUAUUAGAAGCAUCAAUGCAGUGCCCACAAGAGAACAUGACACCAAGCAGUGACCAAGCAGAUCUUCUAAAACGUGUUAGUUUUAUCGACUCCUUUUGCUCUGAUGUACCUGCCAAAGCUGCCUUUGUUAAUGGAUCAGCUUCACCCAGCAUUUCACAAGAAAAGAUAUCGGACAUCUCCAAAAAUGUACCAGGAUUGCUGCCUAAGUCAAUACGCACACAAAAUUCUAACAACACAACAACUGUUCAGUUAGAAGACCACGAUCUACUUGGAAAAGAUGGAGAAAUGUCUAUAAGGCAGAUGGUAACGGCUAAAGACGUGGAAAACCGGGGCAUAUGGGGCUUUGAUGCGGAUUCUCCCGUAAAUUCAUUGGACAGUUAUGAUGAUAGUAAUGAACUUGAGUGGAAUCCUCAGAAAGAGUUUAUGAAGUUUCUGAUGGAGGAUCAGGAUUGUUCUGAAAUGGAGGCUAAAAUACCUGCUUCGUCAUCUAGAAGGAAGUGUAAAUUGGACAAGAUGGUGAUGGUAAAUCCCCCAGAAAUCUCAAAAAAUGAUCACAUUGGAGAGGCAAGCAAAAAAGAAGCAGAACCUCAAUCCAAAAUGCAUUCACCAAAAUCAAACAAGUCCCAGUACUCGAACGGAACAGCAGUGGCCUUCAGAAAACUUUUACAGAAACCAGCAAAAAUCGGGAAGAAUAGUCAAAAGCCUGGAUAUGUUCAAGAAAAUCCGUCUAGAGACUCUGGCUCGGAGGACGAGCCUACGUUAUUUCUCGGCAAUAGCAGUUUUAAAGACAAAUCUCAUUCGCAAACGCACACAAAAAACUGUUCGAAACAAAAGCCAUUCAUAUGCAAAGAGUGUGGAAAAGACUUUUAUAAUCACACUUCGCUUUUGAAACACAUAACUGUUCAUCAGACAAAAAGGCAUCGGUUUGUCGAGGGAAUUACAGAAACAGAUGAAAUAACAAACGAGGGCAAAGACGCAAGGUUACAGUGUCCACAAUGCACUUUUGGAACCAACUGCCCCAAUACCUUCGUCCAGCAUGCAAAAACGCACGAGAAAGACAAGCGGUAUUAUCCCUGUCAAAAGUGUAACUUCUUGGCAGCAAGUAAAAAUGAGCUAAUCACUCAUAUGCUUAGCAAGCAUCCUGUCACCGAUGCUCAGCGUACGAUAAUCGGAAGACAAGAUUUACUACAGGGACAAAAAUUUGGUAAGUCAGAUAAAAAGCUAAAAUUGGUAAAGAAUCACAAAUCUUCGGACAAAGAUUUGCUGUUAUUAGCUGACUCAGAAAACAGCAACUGUUCGUCUUCAUCCGAGAGUGAAGCGCAACAAUCUUUAAACCCCGAAGACUCGAACGGCGUUUUACAAAAGGAUAAACCAAAAUCAAAAGACACGGCAGAUGAUAAACUGGACAAAAGUGAAUCGAAACUUGACAAAUCCAUUCACACGCUGAUUUCCCGGAAGAGGAAUUGUGACUCAGAAAGCAGUUCUGCUCCAAAUUUUAACAAAGUUGGUGUUGGGGCUGGGAGUCCAGACCUCGGUCAAUGCUGCAGUAAUGAUUUCCUCAAUCCAGAAGAGGACUCGCCAUCCCCUGCCAAGUACAAGGGGAAACUAUUUGCACUAAAGGACGACGAGUCGGUUUUCACUCUAAAAUCCGAUGCCGUCGGUCAAGGGUUCAGCUGUAAUAACGACCGUUCUAAAGGAGAAAACUCAAGCACUAACCACAAACACAUACCCUCUGAGAAGCAGACCUUGAAGAAGUCCCCGUCCAAAAGAAAAAUGUCCACUCCGUUCCACAACCUACAAGGCCAAGAUAUUCUGAUUGAUUUUCCCAAAUGCAGGCAAAUUUUCCAGAAAAACUCCAGUCUCUACCUUAUUAAACAAUGUGGUUCUAAAGAUGACUCACAUAUCAGCAACAACACCUUUGGAAGCUCAAAGGCCUCGUGUGACCUCUCCAAGCAAGAGCCGGGUUUGUCGCAGACUGUUUCUAUCAAAGAAGAAUGUAUGGAAAGAGAAGUGUCUGGCGAUACCAACGAAUCAGGUUCUGCGGUGAAAAACGGUGGCUUUAAGGUCAACCUAAAGUCUUGCCCGUACUGCCCAGCUGUGUUUCAGUCAGGGAUCGGUCUGUCCAACCAUAUACGAGGGCAUCUGCACAGAGUGGGCGUCAGUUAUAAAGCACGUCAUGUUGUAUCUGUAGCCCAAGUGGCUUCUCAAGAUAAAGUUCCUCCUGUUCGGCGUAGGAUGACAGCGAUACCUCAAAUUAAGACAGAGGUUGAUUUGCCGUCGGCCAAACCGGCUUCAGAGCCAAAAUCAGAACUCACAUGCCCGCUAUGUAGAGAGUGGUUCGACACCAAGACCGGAUUAUCCAAUCACGUUCGGGGCCAUCUUAAAAGGCUGAAGAAGCCAUGCUCUACAUCUACGAUCAAAUCGCCUGUGAUCAUCCUGAAGCAGCUGAUGCGUGAUAAAAAGCAGUUCCAGAUUAAAUUGCAGGCCCUUAAAAAGAAGUGCCGCUCGAGGAACUCUUUAUAUCCCUUCCAAUUUAGUAACGGUCUCAUCAUUUCAACGGCAAAAGUGCAGCGUUUUGCACAAGGCAGCAAGCGACAUGGACACGUUUCCUCUAGAUCUGCGGAGGAAAAGAAAAGGACAGAGAAUAAUAAAGAUGCAAUGAAAGGAUCGCCAUCGAGCGAUCUGAUAGGAAUUCUAAAAAAGAGGCGAGCUCACGAGGAGGCCAAAGUUAAAACCCUUCCCCAAACUGCGAGAAAAGCUUUUCUUGGUAACUCCAUUAAAGAGCGUGAUGCAUCAGCACAACUCCCAAACUCCGUAUCAGAGAAAAGCGAAUUAAACAGAAAGGUUUGCGUUCACUGUAACGCGACUUUCCACAGCGGAGUUAGCCUCUCCAAUCACUUGCGAGCUUACGCACGGCGAAAAAGAAAUGCACUUUUGGAAGGAACAACUUAUGACUGUAAAAGGAAGCAGAGGUCACGGUCUGGGUCAAAGAAGAAAACUUAUCCGUUGCUACACACACCGGAGGAAAUUUAUAGACUCACCUGCAGGUUUUGUGAUCUGGUCUUCCAGGGCCCUCUGUCUGUGCAGGAGGACUGGGUGAAGCAUUUACAGAGACACAUCAUGAACACAGCCGUGCCGCACACAGGCGCAGCCAUGGUGGAGGUCACAUGCUUUCCUGAAGACACAAACGCACACACGCCCCCGCAGACGUCCUCGUAAAGCCGGACGACUCGAGCGACGUUUACGACUUUUUUUGUUUGUUUUUACCUCCGCUGGAGUUUCUACGUAUUGAGUAACAAGUCGAUGAAUUUUUCCAGUCAUCAGCUCGUGGUGACGUUCAGCUCUUUAACACGACCGUUUUUAUAUAGCGUUACAUCAUCCUGGUAUUUUAUAGGACUCCUUUACUGAUGAUAUUCUGAUUUCAGUGGCGACCAAGACACCAAAACACAACUGUUACCUCAGACGCUUGACAUACGGUGGGUUUUAUUUAAGGAAUUAAAAAAAAAAAAGCGCUACAAAACCUGUAUAAAUUUUUAUGUGGUUACUUUUUUUAAAAAUUCUGAAUUUUGAACCCAGUUUAAGCCUUUUAGCCCUUAAACCUGUCCAAUACGUAUGGUACAAAAGUAUAAAAAUAAAUAGUAGAUAUAUUUCAAUAUUACUUUUUUUUUUUUUUUUUUUUUUUUAUUAAUGUGAAAUAAUUUAGUGAGUUGUAACUAGACGCGUGAUGAUGAUCACAGAAGCUGCCGGAUAUUUGAUCACGAUUCAUGAUGAUAUCCCUACAUUCCUAGUUAUGACUCCAAAGGUUUUUUAUUUUUAUUUUUAUUUUUUAUGUUCAUCAUCAUCAUCAUCAUCAUGACGACUCUGUAACUGAAUCUUGUGCUGGGGGGAAAAAAUGCUGUCAAUUGUUACUCAUGUUCAAUUAUUUUUACUGUUAUUUUUUUAUGAACAAUUUUAAAUAAUUUAUGUUGAAAUGUAAAUGUUGAAAGAUUUCCUUUUUUUGUCGUGAGGAAUAAAAAGAAUUUUUUGA